UUUUUUUUUUUUGCAAUGUUAGGAAGGAAUUCAUGGCACACCAUUGUUUGCCUUAAUUUUUGGAAUUAAUAUUGCCACAAUCCAGCCCUGGUCAUCAUACCUUGUGUACCUGAGUCUGUUGGCUUUGUAGAGCCAUCCACAUAUGCUUGUCCUUUACUAUUGCUUUACUUGUGCCUUUCCAACUCCUGUGGAAUGGAUGACUGCACACUACCCCAUGUUCAUCUUACCCCUGUCCCUCAGUGAUUUGUACCUUGGAUGUACUUUCAUACUGUACACAUUCUUGUGUUCCUAGUGCAAAUGUAUAAAGUUUUAUUUUAUUUAUAUAUUUAAAUUUUUUCUCCAUUUUGUAGAACACUCAUUAAAGUAACUUUUUUUUAAUUAUUUUUUAUUGAUAAUCCCUGCUGGAAAGGGAGAUUGGCUGCCAGUUCUGAACUGUUAAUCUAACAAUUGGGGAGUAAAGGAGUUACAUACUUGAAUUGCACUGUAUAUGCAGGAGAGGUUGAGACAAAACAGCACAUGCAAUACUGCAGUGCACUUAGUAACAUUUUUAAAGAGGCACUGGCACUUUAAGACCAGCUAUGCCUGACUUGAACAUAUGGGGAGCUAAUCUUAGCCUUACUCUUGAGAGAGACAACACUGGCAACCAGCCACUGUGCAGAGCUGGAGAGAUAGUGUUCUCUCUCUCUCUCUUCUUUUGUCAUAGAAUUUUAAAUGCAAUAAGGUUUUUAAGUUUAAUUUUUUAAGGUUAUCUAUGUUGGGAAUAUUUGAGGUUUACAUCAAUUUCAAAUGAAUGGUUUAAAGCCAAUAAAAAAAGCCUAAACUUCGUAAUAUAUCAGAUUUCUUCCCAUUUUGAAAGAGAUCUACAGGAUGUUUUUCAUUUGUCUCCUUCAACAUGAUUGUCUUUCAAUUCUCUCUGCCCUUCUGCUCUUUCAAACCUUUGUCUCUUAACAUUCUGCUAUUUUCUGCUUUCCUAUCUCACUUAUCCCCUCAUCAAAUUUCACCUCAGUUUUUUCCCCUUCUCCUUCAAAACUUCUUGCACAAAGACCACUCUUUAGGCUGUGUUAUUUCACCAUCUCAUACCUCCUCCUUUCCCACCAUCUUAUUUGAGUGAUGAGGGUCGCUCUUCCCUUCCCCCUCUUUCCUUAUGUCUUUUCUGCUUUGCUCUCCCCCCCACCCCCCACACACACACUUUCUCUCUCUCCCUCUUUCUGUCUGUCUCUCCUCCUCUCCCUCCCUUUCUCUUUGUUACCCCUUUUCCAGCUAAAUGUUACUGGUGCUUCGCUGAGAAUCUGUGGGGAACUUUCUCAGGACUGGCCUGUGUUUUUACUGGUUUUAGAACCGAACAUUAACGUAACUGACCAUGUUACCAUUUAACCUGCCCACAAACAAACAUGCCACAUCACGGUCUUUGUUUAUAAGUUUUACUCCUAGUUCUGCGAACGUAUGCUAAAAUCCCAAAUAAUUGGAUUAAGCGUCUUUAUAUCUCACUCUGACUUCAGAAGUUAUUUAAAAAUAUAAUGAAAAUUUGUAGCAAUCACUGUGCAAUACAGCAUAUUUUGUAUAGGAAUGGGUUGUUUCUCAACUGAUUGUACACUGUAUUGCCACAUUGGGCUUAUCAGUGUAGACAGCUUCCUGGGUUAUAUUGGGAGCGGUCUAGAUUGUGAUCUAGUUUUGUUUUUUGAAAACUAUACUUGGUAUGGACAUGAAAUUCACUGACAUUUGCAGUUCUUGGUUAGUGACCAACAGUUUUUAAGGGCCAAUGUAUAGCCAAUUUUUCCAGCCCAGAACCAGCUUUCUGUAGUGUAAAUGUGUAUAAUGGUUUCAGAUUGGACACGAGCUCUGGCUCCUGUAAAAAAGGGGCUUGUGAGUAUUUUGAGGGGUAUAAUGGGGAGGAGGUCCUGUGCAGUCCUCUCGCCGCGCGUUUAUGUGAGUGCAUAUACAUUUCUUAGAAAGCACAUUCAUGUGCCUGAGACUCUUCCGUGCCUCUAGAUGGGCCCCUAGUUUUAGUGCACAUAUGUUUUGUGUGUGUGUGAGCUUGUCCAGCUCUGUUCUGAAAGGAGAGGUUUAGUAAACACCCAGGGGGUGUGUUUUGGUGUUUCUUUGUGUGUUGCUGUAGAGUGUGGAAUGACUGGUUAUAAUAGACAAAAAGAAAGUUGUGUAUUAAAGUUAGCUGUGUAUACUUUUGUUCAACUCUUAUUGAUCUGAAACAUAUUUUACCUUGAAAUGUUAAGCCAUUGGGAAUAAUUUGCUUUUGAGGGUAAACAGAAUGGAAAAAGAUCCAAUCAAAAUCAUGAUUUUUAUCUACAUUAUUUAUUAUAUUAUACUAUAUACUAAACAGCUAUAAUAAUACUAUAUUAUUAUAGCUGUUUGUUCAUUAUGGUUUACAUAUGGUUGUGUAUGCUGCAGUAUGUACUGGUUUAUACUGUAAUACAUUUUCACAUAUUCCAUGAGUUAUAUUUCACAGAAAUGUGUUAAUCCUUGUUUAUCUUUGCAUGUUUAUGCUACUUUGUAUAUUUCCUAUGGGUUUGUGUGUGUUUCUUUCAGUUUUUCUGUGGGUGGCUUUGUGUGGGUGGGGGUUUGAUUUUUUUUUUUUCUCUAGUGAGCAAUAAAUGAGUCACGAUAGAUUGAACCAAAAGACAAAAAGUUAUCAUCAUAUGCCGUAACCAUUACAGUGUCAGUCAUCAUAUUUCUGAGAACAACUAAAUCUGAGAAUGAGAAUUCUAAAACUGAGAAUUCUGAAUCAAGCACAGGUAUUGUUUGGAUAUUGCUAAGUUUUGGAAAACCAGUGUUUAAAUACCUGUUGUCCUUCAACCAGGUUGUUGCAACCGAAACAUUAAAGAGCUGCUUUUUUUUCAACAGACAAUAUGCAUUGGCAGUACGUUUACAUGAACCUUAAAAGUUCAGGGGGCCUGGGUAGCUCAGCGAGUAAAGAUGCUGACUACCACCCCAGGAGUCAUGAGUUCAAAUCCAGGGUGUGCUGAAUGACUCCAGCCAGGUCUCCUAAGCAACCAAAUUGGCCCGGUUGCUAGGGAGGGUAGAGUCACAUGGGGUAACCUCCUUGUGGUCACUAUAAUGUGGUUCUCGCUCUUGGUGGGGUGCGUGGUGAGUUGUGCGUGGAUGCCGCAGAGAAUAGCGUGAAGCCUCCACACGCUAUGUCUCCGCGGUAACUCAAUAAGAUGCGCGGAUUGACUGUCUCAGACACGGAGGCAACUGAGAUCUGUCCCAUCACGAGGACUUGGAGCACAUUGGGAAUUGGGGAGAAAAGUUUGAUUUCAGUCAGUCUAGUUUUAUUUUUAUUUUAUUCUAAAAAUCUAAUUUAAAUGCUUUAGUCUGUUGUGUUUGGUGGCUCAGAAGUGGAGCGGGUAGAGCACGUGCCUGGAUGCACGAGAGAACAUUGUGGCCUUCAGUCACUUAACGCCAUUGAUAACAGUCGCAACGAGCACUCAUUUUAACAUAAAAAAUAAACUCCUGCGCUGGAUCGCCACUUAUUAUUACACACACACAAAAUGGAAACUCCUGCUCAACAACUGGAGAUGUGUCUUCUGUAUUAGACUCUUACCUGAUGAAAGCUAUUUCAAAAAGUGCUCGGGAAAAAAUUGGCAAAGGCGAAAGGUGGUAGAUACAUGUCCCACCCGUCCCACUCGUAAAUGUGUAACUUUUGCUGUAACUCGACUACACAAAUGAUGUACCUUGAUUAUAACUGCGCAUGUAAACAUACUGAGUGAUAUAUAGAGGUUAGGAUGGCCGAUGGUUGCUAUAUUACCGAUAUAUACAUAAUAUAUCAUACAUUUACAUAUGCCUUGCAGAAUCUGUAAAAGUAUAGCACUUUUAUAAAAUGAGUGUUUUUUUUUUAUUAUUAUUUUAUUUUUUAUUUAGUACUGCCCUGAAGAAGGUGCAAUACAUAUAAUUAAGUUUAUACCACAAAAUAAUAAUUCCAUAAAAUAAUAAUAAAUUAAAUUACCUAAAUCAUCCUGUUUAAAAGUUUACACAGCCUUGGUUCUUAUAUUGUGUGUUGUCAAGCACUGCAGGGGAGAAGGGCUGGGCGAUAUAAUGAAUAUUCACAAUAUUAUCGUGAUGAUUUUGCUGGCAAUAUAAAAUUAAUCAGUGAUGGUUUUCAGCUAAUGCAGAAAAUCUCAAAUUAAUUUGGCUGACAUAUUGGUCUAUCACUAUUCACUAAUCCUACCCCACCAACCUUUUGUCCUCAAACACAGUGCCUUGGUUGUUACAGGGCAACUGCCACUGCAAGUUGUUUUGUAUAAAUCAUCUGCAUAGUGACAAAUUACAAUUUCAGUUCCUGUCUAGUGCAUUACACACACAAUAGGUCAAUAACUCAUAAGUGUGACCUUGCAUGUCUAGUCUUUUAUAGAUGCUUCAAGAUUCAGUCUAUUUGAUGAGUAAUAACACCAUUGAAAGAGCAUCUAGUGGUGACCUUUAUCUUUUGGUUCUUGUUGAAAUGCCAAACCUUUCCAUGUAUUACCGUGGUCUUUCUGAAACAUGUUUAGUUUCACAUCCCCCGUGUUUCUCGCGUUUGGAUCAGUUAUCAGCUGUCUUGUGACACUGUGGAUGUUAGUGGCUCACUUGGUUGGGUUUUCUCAUAUUGUAAAACUCACAAGACUUCUCUGGCAUUUACUGUAAUGCCAAAGGAAAGAUUCCUCUGUAUGGUAUGUCUUGUGAAAAAUCAAGAUUUUCCUGAAUGGUUUGAAAAGCUGAUGAAAUGGGCCAGACUGUUUCUGUGGUGGGUUCAGUGGAUGGCCCCAGAGGAAGAGGCCAGAUGGAAAUUGGGUCCCAUGACCGCCUAGAAGAAGGCGUGUUAGACCAGGAACUGUCUAAUGGGCUGAGCAAACAUGCAACAAAUGAAGAAAAUAUUUGUGAUGAAGGAGGUGGAGACGUGGCCAGGGAGCAACACCAGCACAGCUACCACACAGAACCUGGAGGUAUUUCCCAGACACCAGGCUGGGGCUCUGAGCAUGCUGGAAAGUUGACGAAUUUUGAAUCUCAACAGGGUGCUUGGAGUGACCAAAACCCCAGCAAACAAGUGAAUGAUGUGGAUAUGGAAGAUGCAAGGACUCUGGUGGCCUUUUCUGCCACUGUAGGGUCACUGGCCACUUACAGCAAUCAUCAACCUUCCCCGACUCAGCUGUAUGAAAGGUUCAACCAGGAGAUGUCUAAUGGAGGUGAAAAGGCCAGGCAGAAAGGUGUGGAUGGUGAGUUAUUCCCUACUGAAGAUCUAGACAUCCUUCAGGCUGCACUGAGCAAGGCCCGUGAUGGCCACAAGCCACCUAACUGUGAUUGCGAUGGCCCAGACUGCCCUGACUACCUGGAGUGGCUGAAAAAGCAAAUCAAAAUGGUGACUAAUUGUCAGUUCAAAGGGUCCUGUAAGGUUUCUAAUGCUCCUCCACAGCCACACUUACAGCAUCGUUAUGCUCAAUCCCAACCUCAACAAUGUGGAAGUAACCCCUUAUGUCAGCAAGACACAAAUCCACAGCCCCCUGUUAACCAGCCUUCAGCUCCAAGACCCUUUGGCCCACCAGCACCUAUUCCCUGUUCCCCCAGUGUUCUAUCCAUAGCCAAGGAGAGAAAUGUUAGCUUGCAAACAGCUAUUGCAAUUGAGGCCCUGACCCAGCUGUCUGCUACUGUUCCACAAACUAUUGUUCCUUCAGGUGAGUUUUCACCUGCAAAUAACCAUCUUCAUUUGCCAACCUCUUAUCCCCAGAGUAAGCCACAAUUGGUCUCUUCAUCUCCUGUCCUUCUUUCUUCCUCCUCUGCUACACCACAUUCCAUCCCUCCUGGAAAUUACCCUAAACAGGACCCAUCAUCAUGGGAGCAGCAGAGGCCUCAGUCUCAGGGUGAUACCCCUGCACCUAACAUUAUGCCAAGCUCAUCUCACUAUGCUACCCAGUACUCAUCCUCAAAGUCCCCAUUUACAGGCCUCCACCCCUCAACCCCUAACCCCCGACCCCAGCAGCAGGACUCAACUGGAAGCUGUGAGAAAAGCUCCCCACGGAACUCAUGGAUGAUGAACUCUGAAUCCCAGCCUCAUUUUGUAAACCCAUCCCACGGCAGCAGUGACCCAGUGUCUGAGCUGAAGCAGCUCCUUGGAGACUCUGGUGGAAAGUACACCAACUCAGCCUUCAAAUUUCCACUCCCUCAACCCAGCCUUCAGGAUGGUCGCAAGGGCAGCCUUACUGGGGUGCCUCACAUCAAGCAGGAGGUGGAUACAAAGGAGUACCCGGGAUCAGGGUGUCUAGUCAUGGGCCAAGAAGGGAUGGUAAAUGGCCAGCAGCAGUUCCAUGGUCAGCAGUUUUCCCCCUCCAUUAGGCACUCAACUCAGGCAGCACUACAGCAGCACCUUCACCAUAAACGCAACCUCUUCUCUAACUCGCCAGGCUUCAGUCUAUUAGCCCCAAUGGCUUGUCAGAACCUCCGCAAAUGGUGGCCACAGACUUUGCCAGAGACUCCAGUAACCAUCAAGCAGGAGCACAAAGAGCCAAAAAAGAAAAAGAGUGCUCAAAGUUUUCCUCUUCUAAAAUACCCAGUGGGUGGGAUAUAUAGUCCAUUGGGCCUACCUCUUCCAAAACCUAAACAGAUUGUUAUCAAGAAGCAUAAACAGAAAGCUUCACAACCAACUUUUCUCCCACAGAGCCAGAUUACAAUAUUGAAAACUCCACUCAUCAACCCAGGGUAUGCACCAUCCCUAUGCCAGCUUGCUCCAUCUUUACCAGGCAUGGAAGCUGGGCUUCCCCCCUCUCAGGUGGCUGAGAGCCACCCAGCUCCAGCCCAAUCUCAGGAAUCCACUUCGAAUAGCAGUAGUGCACCCAUAUCUGAAAACACUCAGUCUUCUACCCCUGUGUCUGUUAUAGCACCAUCCAACCAGAAGGUGAUAGCUUGUUCAGGCCCAGCCGGAUCAAAUGAAAGUGUCCCAAUGACCAGUAUCAGACCUCAAACAUCUACUACACAGUCUUCUCCCUCUCUGACUGGCCUCAGUACCCUAGAUCCAAAAUUUGAAGAUCUGAUUCGCCAGUUUGAGGAGGAGUUUGGGGACAACAUGUCCUCAGCUUCUGCAGCAGAGACCCCAGAGCAUGGCCCAUUUCAGCCAGUGGCGACCGAGUCACAACCAAACUCAAACUCAGGACAAGCCAGAUGCGAGUCACCAUCCCCAAAGCAGCCAAAAAACUGCCCUCCUGUUCCUACCACUCAGUCUGAGCCCAUGGAUGAAGGUCAAAAGGGGAUGACUGAGAGAGUGAAGGAAGAAACACCAUUAGCAUCUGAGCAGCUCUAUAGUGUCAAACAGGAAAGUGAGGAAUGUGAGGUGGACGUGAAAUCUGGACAGCUCCUGUCUGUUGCUCAGGGGGCAGUACUGGAGCGACAUCACCCCUUCAUCACACCUUUCACCCCUCCAACAAAGCGUAUGAAAAUUGAGUCAUCUGGUGGUGUGACCGUGCUCUCCACAACUGCGUGCUUCUCUGCAGAUGGAGAAGAUAAAGAUUUGGAUACUCCCACCAAGGAUAUCUUCCCUGCCUCCCCUUCACUUAAAGGUUUUCUUGAGUCACCGCUGCGCUAUCUAGACACUCCCACCAAGAGCCUACUGGAGACACCUGUGAAAGAUGCCCAAGUUGAGUUUCCCACCUGUGACUGUGUGGACCAAAUCCUAGAGAAGGACGAGGGUCCAUAUUACAAUCAUUUAGGAUCUGGGCCAACUGUGGCUGCAGUCAGAGAACUGAUGGAAAAGAGGUAUGGGGAGAAGGGUGAAGCCAUUCGUAUUGAGAAGUUGGUUUACACAGGGCGAGAGGGGAAGAGCUCUCAGGGAUGUCCUAUUGCUAAGUGGGUUAUUCGUCGCAGCAGUGAGGCAGAGAAAUUAUUAUGUCUGGUGAAGCAACGGCCUGGGCAUCACUGUGCCAACACUGUCAUUAUUGUUGUCAUACUGGCCUGGGAAGGUGUCCCUCGUGCUCUGGGAGAUAAACUGUAUCGAGAACUCACAGAAACAAUCACCAAAUACGGCAACGCCACCAGCCGCCGCUGUGGACUCAAUGACGGUCGAACCUGUGCAUGCCAAGGGAAGGACCCAGAUAAAUGUGGCGCUUCCUUCUCUUUUGGCUGCUCCUGGAGUAUGUACUUCAAUGGAUGCAAGUACGCUCGAAGCAAAACCCCUCGCAAGUUCAGACUGCAGGGAGAACACCCCAAAGAGGAGGACUAUCUCAGGGAUAAUUUCCAAAACUUGGCCACUCACGUGGCCCCUCUGUAUAAGCAACUUGCUCCCCAGGCCUACAGUAACCAGUGUGUUAGUGAGAACAUUGCUUCAGACUGUCGGCUAGGUUUGAAGGAAGGACGGCCAUUUUCAGGAGUCACUGCAUGCAUGGAUUUUUGUGCCCAUGCUCACAAAGACCAGCAUAACCUCCACAAUGGCUGUACUGUGGUGUGCACUUUUACAAAAGAGGACAAUCGCUCAGUGGGCACGAUCCCAGAUGAUGAGCAGCUGCAUGUGCUUCCGCUCUACAAGAUCUCUCUAACCGACGAAAAUGGUAGCGAGGAGAACCAGCGCCUAAAAAUGCAAACAGGAGCCAUUCAGGUGCUUGCUAACUUCCGUAGAGAGGUUAGGAAACUUCCAGAACCUGCUAAAUCCUGUCGGCAGCGUCGCAUGGAGGCCAAAAAGGCCGCUUCAGAGAAAAAGAACAAGAGACUGCAGCUUGCAGAAACCCCAGAGAAGACUAUCAAGAUGGAGACGCACCACACAGAUUCACCCCACCCUCAGCAAGGCAAUAAAGCUAUUCUAAAACAGGAGGUGAAGCCCACCAUCAAAAAAGAGCCUGUUGACCGCUUCCAGCCCUUCAAUGGUGCCAUACAUGGCUACCCAGCACUAGGGAACGGCAAGGCAACACCUGAUCCCCACAGCAUGAACAGUUCAUUCUCCUACCCCUGUAACUAUGCAAGAGGUCGCAUCCCUACCAACAGCCAACCUCCUGCACUUAGCCCCAUCAAUGGCUUUCACCCCAACCUCCAGGCCAUGCGAUAUGGAUACUACAACUACCCUCCAAAUGCACUUUUUCCUCCUGAGCUCUUGAGUUAUGGUAAUGGAGCCUGGGCAAAAGCUGGAGAACCCCCUGCCACAUCUUUUGACCAGAAGCCAGAUGUUCAGAGUCUCCAAGCCAAGAUGGCACAGCCAUAUUCAAACCAAUAUGGGCAGACACAGCAACAAAUGAGUGAUUCAUCCAUUCAAGGCUACCCACACCCAUCAGACUUUUCACAGUCGCCUGUUCCACACAGUCAUACACCAUCAGUGUCACUUGAGCAGACACACCACUCAACACCCAUAAUUAAGCAGGAGCCUAUGGAUGUGCCACUAUAUGAUGGCAGAUCAGAUGGGCAAGGUCAGAGCUGCCCUAGCACUCCCAGUACCACAUCAAAGCCUGAAGGCUGGCCUGGGCAUAAGCCAAAUGGCAGCCUAGUCUCUAAAGGCUGGGAAGGAAACCACAGGUCAAGUUCAGCUAAUUCCCCCUUCACUUCAGAUAAGCAGAGGCUCCACCAGCAACACAGACACCAACAUGAACACCCCCAGUAUGCACAGCAGCAACAGUGGAAUUCCUAUCCCCGCCCUAACACUCCAGUGUCAUCCCCUGCCCCAUCUCCCUCCCCAUCCAUAAAAGCAGGUCUUUCCCCUGCUCUCUCUCCACACCCGUCCACCCCAAGGCAGUGGGAUAGCCCUGCCCCAAGUCCACAACCUAAGGCAUGGGGUCCUUACGGUCCUAUUGGUUAUGGUGCUGGUGGUCUUAGGCAAGACAACCCUACUGGUGCUUUCCCUGACAAAAUGCUAUCACAGGCAGGUGAGAAUUGUGGCUCUGCUCCUCUGGGACUGCAGGAGAAAGCCUGGAAAUCUGGGGGUGGUUCUGCAGCAGGCAGCACACCGUCUCCGGCUCCUGAGGGUCGCUUGUUCCCUGAUGCACUGCAGAGAUCCAAUGGGCAGGCAUGCUGGGACAGUGAGGCAGAGGCCCAGAGUGAGCAUGACCCUGAAGAGGAGGAGGUGUGGUCAGACAGCGAGCACAACUUUUUGGACCCUAACAUUGGAGGAGUAGCAGUGGCCCCUGCUCAUGGCUCUGUCUUGAUUGAAUGUGCCCGUCGGGAGCUUCAUGCUACCACGCCACUUAAAAAGCCUGACCGUACCCACCCAAGCCGUAUUUCCCUGGUCUUCUACCAGCACAAGAACCUUAACCAGCCCUGCCAUGGCUUGGCUUUGUGGGAGGCCAAGAUGAAACUCCUAGCCGAGCGAGCGCGGCAGCGGCAACAAGAAGCAGCUCUUUUGGGUCUCUCCCAAGAUGAAAUUAAGGCCUAUGGGAAGAAGCGCAAGUGGGCGGCUGGAUCAGUAAGCCCGUCCCCAGGACAGACCAAGGACAAACGAGAUGGUGUGGUGACACGGAUGGCACCCACACAGCAUACCACCACCAUAGUCAAUGUUUCACCCUACCCGUCCACACACCUCACUGGCCCUUACAGUCGGUUUGUGUGAACACCCGUAGGCUGUUGCCCCCUGGAGCCAGAUAAGGGAAAAGAAAUAAGGAUCAUGAAUCUUACUCCUUUACCAUUAGUUUCCCUUCUUCUAGCUCUAACACCUCUCUCAGGUCACCACAAGGGAGGGAGAAAAAAUGAAGGGGCACUUUUUUUCAUUUACCUCAAAUUUUGGCAGCAGUUUGGGAACACCCCAAACGGACAUGCUGUCUAUGGUGCUCUUGCUCUCUCCAACGUGGGAGGGAUUUCCAUAGCUACCCCUCCUUAAGUGAAUUUGAUGAUCCUAAUUAUUAUUGAUCUAUUAUCAAUAUUAUUACAAUUGCUAUUGUUACUGUCAACGUUGAUAUUACAGGUAUUGUUAUUAUAUUAUAAAGAUUCAUAUUUUUUAUUUUAAUUUUAUUGUUUUUUCAUCAUCGUUUUUAAUAUUUUGAUUUACCCCCUUUGACUAAGAGGGAUGAAAAAAGGACAUUCUCGCUUGUUUAAUAUGAACAUGAGAACAAGCUAAUCAGCAUUUUUUUGUUGCGCUUUUCACCUUUUCCACCCAUCAGCCUAUCUAUAAAAGAAGCGCCUUCACACCGUUGCGAGUCAUAUUUAUGUGACUGCAUUAAGGCAACUCUAGAUUAUCAGCUCCUAGCUGUAGUCACUGAACAUGUGACCAAAAUUAGAAAGAGAGGACCUGACAACAGCUUGGGCCUUUCUGUUUGGUGCCACUCAAUGAAAUCUGUAAAGUUUCUCAUCCCUUCAAAUGGUGCUUAUUUUCUGUCUCAAGUGUCUCUAAUUUUGCUCUCACAAUAUCGAGGCAGGUGCUGGACUUGGGUGCUCUUUAGCAGCAGAUGUCAAUCAAGUUCAGUUACAGGGACCUCUCAGUCCUGGUAAUUGGCUCAACCUUCCAUCAUGUCAUCUGAUUGGUGCUGAUUCAUUUGCCUGUGGUGCAGUUUCAUUGGCCAUUCUUCACCUACCCAUGUGGCAUUUUUUAGACUAAGCUCUCAGAGGUGCUGGUAACCCUAGCAAAAAUCCACCUUAAUAAAAACAGCCCUUAAGAGCUACAGAUAACCUACAAUGGGUCUUAAGCUUGUGAUUUUCGUAUAGAAUAAACAAUCCAUACUCCGCUCAAACAGAGAAUUCUACACUCUAGCCAUUUUUUAAUUGGCUUGAAAUUCUGCAAUCUUUGCUUGGUUCAUCCUAGAUAUGUUCAGACUUACUGAUCUGCAGAGACUUAAAGCUUCAGUAGGUAAGAAAAAGUUCAUUAAAAUAAUAACUUAGAUGAGUAUCUGAAGAUAUGUAACAUUGUUUGAUCUUGUCGGUUUCUGUCAGCAGAAGGGUAGAAGCUAGAGGAGAAAUUACCUAACUGGUUCUCAAUUGUCAAUGAUUGUUUUUUUGUUUUUUUUACUAUAGGUUUCCCAACAAAACUGGCCUUUGUGAAACUAAACAUGUCUUCCAUGACCUGAUUAAUCUAUAACUACCCAUUUGUUAUAAUGAUGUUAACCUAAGUUAUUAUUUUCUUGUUUUCAUACCCACUGCUGGUUAAAUCCACCAGCCUAAUGGACAGAGCAGAGUUAGUAGAGUUAGUGCUACUAUGAGAAAUUUACACUCCUGUAAAGUGCCCCUCUUUUUAUAAGCAAUCCUCUUCUCUCUUUUUGGACUGAGAGGUUACCCAAAACUCAAAUUCAUGGUGCUGAUUGGCAAUGCAUACAGUUUCAGCUGACCGUUGUUGCAUAAUGCAUAUGUUUGUCUGCUAGUGUGUGUUUGUGUGCACAUGCAUGGAUUCAAAACACGCACACUGGUUAGAAUGUAUGUGUACCAGUGUGACUGCUUGUCCAUGUGUGUGUCAGCUACAUAUAGGGAGCAAGCAGGGCUGCCGCUGGUUUACAUAGGGCUGCAAGAUGCUUAACACUCACA